AUGAUUUCAACAAUCGGCACAACAACACUUCAAGCCGCGAACGGCAGGACUCUGUCCACUACAGCACCAAACUCGUUAGUCAUGAAUCCAACAUCUAUGUUAGUAGAAAUGAAAAGCUUCACUUCGUCUUCAUAUACUUUUGAAACAGAAAUCCAGAAGAUAAAGCAAGAACUUUUAACAUGUAAUUUAGACUGUAGUGCGAAAGAUGAAACAAAUGAACAGUAUCUUUAUGAAAUGCAGGACAUUAUUGACCAUUUACCCAAAUUGCCUGAAAUUCAGCAACAAAAGCUCACUAUUCCUGAAUUCGAUGAAAUUGAAGUCAAAGCAACUGACUCAGUAGAAAUAAAGAAGUUCAUUCGUAAG